AUUAGUCUAUGUCUAUAAAAAAAAAUUACUAAAAUCGUCUGUGAUCAAGAUUGUAAGCACAUGAGAUCUUGAUUUUCAGUAUGAAAUGCCAUGCAAUUAUUCUAAAUAUAUAUCAAAAAAUAUAAACAAAUGCAUGACAGAAAAAGUUUAUGAAAAUUCGUGAAUUUUCUCUUUCUUCUACAUUUUAUCUCAUCAGAUAUUAAUAAAAGUCAUGUACGACAUCACUGAGACAAUUGUAUCGCAAGCUACAGAUCCAAAAGUUGCUUUUAUAGCUGCAACUGUCUUUGGUUAUUGCUUGUAUAGAUUAAUGGGCAUGAUAAAAGAAAAAAGUCAUCAAUUUUCUGAAGACUCAGACGAAAUGGAUAAUAGUAUGGUAUAUACUGACAAAUAUGAUAAUUACAAGUUGAUUCUAGUAAUCAGAACAGAUUUGAAAAUGGGAAAAGGAAAAGUGGCAGCGCAAUGUUCGCAUGCUGCUGUUGCAGCGUACAAGGCUGCGAGAAAACAUCCAAAAAUUUUGAAAGCCUGGGAAGAGUCUGGUCAAGCUAAGAUCACUCUUAAGGUUGAUAGUGAAGCUGCUCUUCUGGAAAUAGCAAAGCAAGCUAAAGCUGUAGGUCUGUUAUCGAAUAUUGUACAAGAUGCAGGACAUACCCAAAUAGCAGCAGGAAGUAAAACGGUGUGUGGGGUCGGACCUGGUCCAGCAAAAUUGAUAGAUCAAGUAACUGGACAUUUGAAAUUGUUUUAACUACUCAUCAAAUAAAAAUUAUGAUCUUUUUAAUAUGUA